GUUAUUCUCGAAGCUUUCUGAAAACUCGAUUUUCUGUGUGCUCUUAAAUUUUCAAAGUUCUUCAACACUCUUUCAGAAAAAGCGAAUUUACAUUAGGAAAUUGAAGAAAUCUUAUUGACCAAGAUUUACUGCCAAUUGAAGAAGGAUAUUUUUGGAAUUCUGUAGUCGUAUGGUAUCGGAAAUCUUCGAAAGGCUUUUGUUAAAUUUCCCAGGAUGGGCACUUUCGAUUACAACAAAGCAUCUAACCCACCUUCUCCUUCUUCUUCUCUAUCAUUUGAUUACACCAGGAAGAGGAAAACUCGAAGAAGACGAGACGAAUCCCUUGUAGAAACUCUUGCCAAGUGGAAAGAAAUCAAUAGUAAACUCAAUGAUGGAGUUAAGCCUGUUAGAAAAGCUCCAGCAAAGGGGUCAAAGAAAGGAUGUAUGCGAGGUAAAGGAGGUCCCGAAAAUUGGUUAUGCAAAUUCCGGGGAGUUAGACAGAGGACUUGGGGGAAAUGGGUUGCAGAGAUUCGUGAGCCUAAUAGGGGUAAAAGGCUUUGGCUAGGUACUUUCCCUACUGCUGUUGAAGCUGCAUUGGCUUAUGAUGAGGCUGCUCGUAUCAUGUAUGGUUCAAAUGCUCGGUUGAACCUCCCGGAUUCAUUCAUUGUAUCAAUGGAGGACUAUAGAGAGAAUUCGACCACCACUACUACUGCAUCAUGUACAACAGGCUCUACAUCGUCUUCUGAUACGCGUUCUAAUGAUGAUCGGUUUGGUAAAAUUGGUGGUGUUGCUGUGAAGAAGGAAGAUGGCGAAGGCGACUCGCAUACUGAUGGGAAGAAUGAGCCCUUCUUAAGUCCUGUCAAGAAAGAAAUGAAGCAGGAACUUGAGAUUGGUGAAGGUGGGAUUGAUAUAAAUGACUACUUACUGAACUUAACAGUGGAUGAAAUGUUUGAUGUUGAUGAAUUGCAUGGUGCUAUAAAUGCCGGUCCUGUUUCGCCUGCAGACGGCUUAAUGAAUUUAGGGUAUGAUACUUUCAAAACCCAAGUUGAAAACAACUCUAUUCAGCUAGAGAAACCAGAAGAAUGGUCAUAUCUGAAUCACAAUUCAGAUUUCUUGCAACAACUCCAUAAUCAGGAUUAUGCCAAUCUUUUUGAAAGCUUGCAUUACAAUGAUCAAGACCAUAAAAGACUCGAUUAUGGACUCGAUUUGAUGUCUGAUCAUCAAGAGAACGAUCAUGGCAGGAAGUUAAAACUCAUUAAGUCGGGUCGACAAGAAUCUGGUCCAGCUGCUGAUGAACUUCACUUUGUGAAUCUUGCAGAUCUGGGGAUGUCUAUAGAUUUUUGAUUCUUCAUUAAUGUCAUGAAAGCUUAAUCUCUGUUUUUAAUACUGGAGAAUUAAGCUGAUUUUCUUGAUUUUGAGUAACUUUGGGCCUGGGGGUAGAGUUGUUAAGGUUGAAUAACUUGAUCUGUUAAUUCUUUAUUGUAUAUAUAGCUUUUAAGCUUGAUAAUCACUGAAGAUUGUAUAAAGUAUUUACUAAUUUUGGUUCGUCUC